AUGUUUUCGCCAAAAACCGCAGUAGCCUUCGCCAUGUCGGCGUCGUUCCUGAUCGCACAAGGUGUGCAAGCCCGCGGGGGCGGUCAUAGCACCAGGGGUUGGAGAUCGUCCUCUAGCUCUAACUUCUGGUUCAUGGCAUACUCCUUUAGUACUAUCAACUUCCCAUCCACUCCUGGGUCUAUGGAAGAAUUCGGAAGGCACUGCGCCGAUGUCAUGUGGCAGAAUCGGCCUGCUAAGGCGGAAGCUGCUAUCUGCAUCAACGGUCCUUGGUUCGCAAAGAACUACGACAAUGUCAGUCCGGUGGUCCAGCUGUCUUACUUCAAGAAGAAAAAUCCCUGGCUGGCUUGGUCUACGAACAAGAUUCGAAACUGGGACUGUCUCUACGUUUGGGGACCUGACCAGCAAUUUUACAGCGAAGAUGUCACCAAUUUUGACAGAAUGGCUGUCAGACUGGAUACAACCAAAUGCUCGCUGGAUAAUGCUACUAUGGACGUCAGCUGCUUGGGUGGCCUGGCGCCGCGCCCAGCAGUUUAA